AUGUCAUUGUCAAAUAUUACAACUUGUGGUGGUCUGUCAAAACUUGUAAACAAAAUACACGACUUUUUAAACAAGUUUCAACAUGAUGAGAAAACUUUGUUAUUUUGCCAUAAAAUUAACUAUGUAUGUUACCGUUUAAAAAUGAGCGCUUUAGAUAAUAGCAGUCGUAUAAACCCCGAAUUUUCUGUUAGAAUAGUGGUAUGUGAUCAUUAUUUGAGUAAGCCAAUUCCUGGAAUAGAUGUCAUUUAUUCAGAUUUCCGAGGAGCUGAUAUUAAACAGGUGCCAGUUUUAAGGAUAUUUGGCCCAACACCGGAUGGGCAUAAGGCAUGUCUUCACAUUCAUGGAGUGUUUCCAUACUUCUACAUACCAUGUCCAACACCAAAUCCACAGCCACAAUUUUUAUAUCAGAUUGCUGCUAGUCUGGACAAAGCAUUAAAUAUUGCACUGAAACAAGCAACUUCUACCAAUCAGCAUGUCUAUAAGAUAUCUCUAGUUAAAGGCCUGCCCUUCUAUGGAUACCAUGAUAGAGAACAUCUAUACCUAAAAGUAUUCUUAUAUAGCCCGGGCUUAAUCAAACAAGCUGUGGAACUCUGCAGUAAUGGAGCCAUUCUGGGUCAGUCAUUCCAACCUCAUGAAUCUCAUUUGAAUUUCACACUGCAGUUCUUCAUAGACUUCAACCUCUUUGGAAUGAGCAAUAUAGACCUACAAUGUGUUAAAUUCCGUAAGGCAGGCGUAUCUCAGAAUACUGAUGAAGUCCAAAGCUCUAAUGAUGUUGGCCUUAAACCUGAAAGUUCUUGCCACUUUGAAGCUGAUUGUGCAGCCUCACACAUUAUUAACAGGCAAAGAAUUGGCAAAGGAGAUGGCAUUGAGAAUCCAGGCUUAGAAGAAGUGUGGAACCAAGAGUCAGAAAGAAGAAAACAGUUAAACAUCUCUCUAGCCUCAAAGUCACUGUCUCAAGGCAGAAUAAAAGCAGAAGAGACCGAAUCACAUUAUAAAUUCGAACAAAUUUUUUUAUUGAAAAUGUCUAAUUUGAUAGACAAACCUGUGCUAAUCGAAAACGAAGUUAAAAAAGAGUUAGCACAAUAUCCAGCUGAAAGUAUGGAAGGCACACAGUUGUUUAAUGCAGUAGAUGUGAGUGUCCAUCUACCUAAUGAAUCAAUGGCUGCUGGGUUUAAUCAAACAUUGAGAGAUUUCAAUGACACUGAAGAAGAUUUGGACAAUACACUGGUGGAUGAAAGUCUGGCUCUGAACAGUAGCUUGUCUCUGCACUAUAGUCAAGUUUUUUUAAAUAAUGAAGAUUUGGAACUAGUAGACUUAUUACAAGAUAUGGAUGAGAAGCCUGUAGAAGAAGAUAGUGUGAUGGGGACACCAGCUAAUGUUGAACAGGAUGCUGAUGUUGAUACAGAUGAUGCUGAAUAUUCCCGGAUAUUUGAUGAAGAAACUCUAAUUUUGAAUGAAGAAGAAUGUAAAAACGAUGAAGAUGAAAGCUCUCCUUCAUGGAAUGAUUCGUUUUGGGAAGGCGCUAAUAUUCCACAACUAGAUGGAACGUGUGACGAUGAGCAUACAAAGAAAGUAAGGAAAAGAAAAAUGAGACCAUUUAAAUUAGGCUUGUCAAGGCCUAAAGCCAGGAGAAAAGAUGAAAGUGAAUCUGAUAGUAGAUCAGAAUCUAAUGUAGAUAUGAGUCAGAUGGAUGAAAUUAAUGUUUCAAGAGAAACUAUAGAAGAUAUCUCUGAUGCACAUCUGAGAAGAGUUGUAAAAACUGAACAAGAAAGUAUUUUGAACAAUUCUAUAAAUAUUAGUGAAGGUGAUGUAGCCCAAUGCAAAGUAGAAAAUGAAUCAAUCGUAGAUUUAGUAAACAAAAUAACAUUAAAUCAAAAACCUUUGCAGCCAGCUCCAGCAGAAGUUUAUGAUAGAGAAAACAAUUAUGAGCCAAAAGCGGGACCUUCAAAUAUUAACGUUAAUAAGUCCUUUAAUGUAACUUUCAACAGCGACAACGAAAUAGAUUCUUCACCUGAACCUAAUAAACUAGGAAUAAGAAGUUUCUAUGAUGUGUCUAAAAUGUUUAAUUUAUCUGUAGAAAGUGAUGAUACUGAAGUAAAUAAAUCUCAAUUGAUAUCAAUGGUAGACAACAAAGAUGAUUAUUCUGAAAAUCAUGAUUGGAAUGUACAAAUUAAAAGUAAUGAAUUACAAGAAGAAAAACUGAACAUCAAAAUAGAGCUUAGUGUACUUAAAACUGAAAAGUCAAUAAUACUAACACCUAAAAUAAAGCCGCCAACAAAAAGCUAUAUCUGCUCAAGUUUACAUCAUUAUAAAAUACCAAAAGUAAAAAACCCAGAACCAUAUUACUCAGACCACAAAGAUGUAGGUGACAAAGUAGAAAUAGGGCAAAUGUUGUUAAAAGUGAAUAGUAAACUAUCGAGGGAUCAAAAGCCUUUUGAGAAAGUGUUGGAUAUGACGAGCAUAGAAGAAUGGCGACAUCUACUGUUCCUACAAACGCAUGAGAUGUCCCAAGAAUCGUCGAAGCCUGAUGCUUUAAAAAUUCUACUGGCAGGGAAUAGGAAAUGCAUUUUAGAGCCUGUCAAGAGACCACCUACUGGCAAUGAAGUAAAACAAUGGUUGUUAAAUAAAGAUAUGAAGUGA